AUGCAUGCUAGCACCUCCCAAUAUCUCUGCCCCUUGUUUCUGUGCUGUAUUAUCAUCCCUCAUCACACCCCCCUUUCCCCCCUCUACAGUCACAUCCCGUGUGCUCUACGGAUUCACAGGCAGCAGCAACCGGCUGGGUGGCAUGCCUCAUCCCCUCAAGACACGUCUGUCCCCCCUGCUCUGCCCCUCCCCCUUCCCAGGCCCCUUACAGCCACCUCCCACGUGCUCUACGCCACGUCCCGCGUGCUAUACGGCUUCACAGGCAGCAGAGCGUUUUCAAGGAUUGGAAACAGGCUGGUGGGUGGGGAUGAGAGGGGUGGGCGCAGCAACCGGCUGGGUGGCAUGCCUCAUCCCCUCAAGACACCCACGUCCCGCGUGCUAUACGGCUUCACAGGCAGCAACAGCUGGCUGGAAGGCACACCGAACCCCCUCAAGGCGAAGACCUUUGGCAACGUGCAGAGCGUUUUCAAGGUGGGCUGGGGUUAG